AUGAAGACUAGUCUUGUGCUUCUGGCGGCGUUGCGUUUCGCGCUUGCGAAGCCUUCGUUGGGAGAGGCUCUGUCUCUGAUGCCCUCUUGUGCGCUGCCGUGUGUUGUUACCGCUGCGGGCGCAUCGUCAUGUUCUAUUACAGACCUACCGUGUCUUUGCGAAAACGAGCCUCUACAACAAAACAUUACGAAUUGCGUCCUGGGAAGCUGCUCCAUAAAAGAAGCUCUCUUCACCAAGAACCUCACCAGCACAACCUGCGGAAACACACCACGCAACCGCUCCAACCAACUCAUCCUGCUAUCCAACACGCUCGGCACCAUAACCGGCCUCCUCGUCCUGCAGCGCUUUCUGUUCAAAAUUUCCUGCAAGCUCGACAUCUUCCUCGAAGACUGGUUCGCCCUCCUGACAACCGUUGUCGGCGUGCCAGCCACAGUCAUCAACCGCUACGGCCUGCCGCCCAACGGGAUCGGCCGCGAUGUAUGGACUCUCACCGGCGAGCAGAUUACUAGCUUCGGCAAAUUCUUCUAUGCCAUGGAGGUAAUCUACUUCAGCCAAGUCGGUCUGCUGAAGCUGUCGCUGCUGUUCUUCUACAUACGCCUGUUUUCAUCGUCUGGCGCCGUGAUGCGCAAUAUGCUUUGGGCAACGACCAUUUUCACAAGUCUAUUCUGCGUGGCGUUUGUUUUGGUUGCCAUUUUCCAGUGUAAGCCCAUAAGUCACUUUUGGAAUAAAUGGGACGACAAGAACGGGACGUGUCUGAGUAUCAAUGCCAUUGCGUGGUCCAACGCGGGGAUUAGCAUUGCGCUGGACUUCUGGAUGCUGGCUAUUCCGGUGUCGCAGUUGAAGAAGAUGCAGCUGAGUUGGAAGAAGAAGCUUGGCGCGAUGAUCAUGUUUGGCACGGGCACAUUUGUUACCGUCGUGAGUAUCCUGCGGCUACAUUUGCUCGUUCGCUUCGGCUCAGACUCGCUCAAUCCAACGUGGGAAUACUUCGAUAUUACGUGCUGGUCGACGGUCGAGAUGAACAUUGGCAUUAUAUGUAUUUGUCUGCCGUCGCUGCGACUCAUGCUGAUACGUACGUUUCCGAGAUUGAGGGACACAAUACAGCAGUAUUAUGCGAAAUAUGGCACCGGGUCUGUAUCUGCGGCGACGAUGAGGAGGGAGAGGUGGUUGAGUGGUGGGCAGACUGGCAUAAGUCUCGAUAGUGUGGCGCCGCCGCUUGUCCCGGCCAAGGAUGGGCCAAAGGCGUAG